AUGGAUAUAAUAGCAACAAAACAUAUUCUUCAUGAAAAAUGUCAAACAAUCGAACAAUUAAAAAAUAUUGUUGAAGAUUUAACAAUACGACAUGAAAAAAAAGAACAUGAAUUAAUUAAACAAAUUGGAAUAUUAUAUAAUGAUUUACAACAACAUAAAAAAAAGAUGGCACAUCUUAUAUUUAAAUAUCAACAACAGAAAAAGUUAAAUGAAAAUAUGAAAGCCUUAAAAGAUUUCUCAAGUCAAACAGAUGAAAAUAAUUCAUCAUUAGUGUGUCCAAAUUGUUCAACACAUUACAAUGAAACAAAAUCUCAUUUGUCACAUAUGAAAAGUUCAGAACAAAAUCCAAAAUAUUAUACGGUUAAAAAAGAUGAUCAAAUUGAAUAUAUAUCUGCAAUACCUCAACCUCAAUCUCAUCAUUCAUUAUCAUCGCCUUCUCUCUCGACAACCGAUCAAUCAUCAAUAAAACACAAUGAAAGUAGUUCAAGUGCAUAUAAUACAGCUGAAAGUUUACCAAGUAGUACAUAUUCUGAUGAAAAUGAAUCUCUUGAACGUGUUUUAAAUGCAGCUUGUACAAUGUAUACAACACAUGAUAAUCUUGAACAUACAAUUAAAUUACAAGAAGAAUUAUUUCGACAACGUUUACGUUUACGUGGAAUUAAUCUUAACAAUAAUGAUAAUGAUAAUAACAAUAAUAAUAAUAAUAAUAAUAAUAAUAAUGAUAAUACAUCAAGCGAACAUUAUUAUGAUAAUAUCGAUAGUGAUACAAGUGAUAUUGAAAAACAAACAACAAUAUAUCGAAAUCGAACAUUACCAUGGUAUGGAAAAAAACAACAACGAACUGUUACAUUUAAUUUAAAUAAUAGUGAACAACAAAAACAUAAAAUAAUACAAAAUAAAGUAAGAUUUAAUGAUCAAUAUUAUCCAUUUAGUAAACGUAAAAAUUUUAAAUCAUUAUCAAAAACAAAUCUUUCAAAAUUAACAAAUAAUAAAAAAUAUAAUUAUCAAAAUACAAUUAUGGCCAAUAGAAAAUUAUUAUCGUCAAAUAUGUUAACUGUAGCUAUAACAUAA